CAACCUAACUACCACCCCACCCAAGUGUUUAACCUUCGUCAUACCUUCCCAAAAUAACACUCAAAAUCCACAAAUCAUGCAUUCUUGUACGUAGGAUUCCUGAGAUUUCCAGAUUCUUGCAUUAGUCUCCCACCCUCUUUACGUCAGGGAGGGAAGCCAGUGUAUUUCCACCCUCUUUAUCUGAAGGAAGUGCCAAAAUAAGCCACGGGCCAGUGCAGCCGCAGUGCCCAAGUCUGGACACCUUUCCUACUGGUCACUCGGAGGAAGAAGGUUUUUAGGACCACAGCUUCAAAAUGACCACGAAUACUGUACGGGGGGCCGUGCUGCUGCUGCUAGCGUCUGUCCACGUGUUCAGACCAGUGUCUUCAGAUUCAUCAUCUGUACAAGCCCCAGAAAUACCUAAUCCUGUUGUAAGUGAAAACACAACCACUCCAGCUUCAACGACCCCUGGACCAAUGAGCCCGGACAGAGUCGUACAAUCUACACCUAACGUGAGCACAAAUCUGAAAACGGAGCCUCGCCGAUCCACCACAGCAAUGCCCAAAACCACAGUAGAAGCGAUACCGACGAACGCGACGGCGGCGGCGGAUAACGACGUGAACGCGACACAAACGGAGACGCAGCAGGUUAAUGGCACUUUAACUUCUGCUCUACAGCCUCCAGAUAAUUCCACAGAUCAGAGGGUGUCGCAGUUUCUGUUCACUACUCCUGGACCUGUAAACCCCAAAACAAAAGCCCCGAACGUAACGAUGACUGUUCACACGAAAAACACCACACACCCGACCCCUUCCCCGAUAUCUGACAAGAGACUGUGGUGGAUCCUGUUGGCGGCUCUUUUGGUGGUUGCUGCUGUCGCCAUAGUUCUGUACUUCAAAUCCAAGAAGGUCGCGGAUCACACAGACACGAUCGACAUUGGCACCGAGAACGCUUCGUUCCAGAGUCGUCCUGAAAGUACCAAAGAUGGCGUCAUGCUGCUGGGGGUGAAGUCGUCAGGAGCAGACGAGAACGCUGCAGCCAGAUAAAACCUCAAGUUUGGAGCCCGUGUCCCGCCCGUGUGACUGCCCCGCUCACUCUGCACCAACAAAACCACUUAGGCGUCUCCAGUACUGUCCACUUUUUUACUUUUUAUGUGGUUUUUUUUUUUUUUUUAAAUAGUGAAACUUUUAAAAUUUUGGUUUGACAAAAAAAUUGAAAAUGCAAAACGACAAAUGAAUUUCUCGUGUUCUUGAAAAUAUGUUUGAAACCCCAGAUAUUUGUACAGCCUCACGUCAGGUGCACUGGAUGUAAUAAAUCACGAUCACGUUUUUAAAUGUUCUUU